AUGGAAGAUGCCGAUUUGAGCUCGACUAUUCCAGGUGGUGGUCCCAGGAUGAAGACUUUUGUUAUACAAUGGAUAUUGAAAGCUGUUGCUGUCGCCAAUAUGCUCAUCUUCCUUACAGGAUUGUUCCUGGGCGUCUUUAGAUCGGAUCUUUUAAUUGUUUCCCUCGCGUUGUCGGUUUUGGGGCUAUUGGGAAUGAUUUUCUUUACAAUCUGCUGGAUAUACAAACCGAGGUUCCUCUUCAAUAAUUUUUAUUGGGAACGAAAACACAAGCCGGAAACAUUCUGUGUCGAGGCAAAAAUCGAUCCCGAAGUGACCGAGGACCUGAUGCGUAAUAUUCGUGGAAUCCCAUUCCUUAUCCAGGCUAUCCAAUAUUCCAUGGAGACGUCCUAUUUCCGCGAUAUAAUGGGCGAAAUGGGCGAGGGUAUCGUGCGGACAUCAGUAAUUCAUACGGCACCGGCAUGUACAAGUGUUUUGGAUUCGGAGACCAAUACGAUGAAUACAAAUACGCCAAGGAGUAGCUUUAAUCAUAGGCACUCUGCUGAAGAACAGUGGCUGGAGAAUGGGGAAAAUAAUUGGCGUAACGAACAGUUGAGGUUAAGCCUGCAGCAACAAUCUUCAACUAAUAAUUUAUUGGUGUUUCCUUUAUAUGAAGCCAGUCCGCAAAGAACAUCAAUGGAUCAAAUUGAAAAUGAGUUUUCAAGGAUAGAGAGUAUUCGUCGAGCUCAUGGACCUAAACCCAAAACGGCCACCAACCCCUUCCAAGUCCGCUGCAUUGGCAUGAGCGCCAAUUUUAUCGAACAGUUCAACACAGUCCUCCAGACUUCCCAUGAUACC